GAGCCAAAAGAAGCAGAAGAUUCGGAAAUCAACACCGAAAGGGAAACACACGAGCGAAAAGUGUGCGCAAAACUAUAAUUGAAAAGGGAAAUCCAAUGGUUAUUGGACAAAAACAAGAAUAAAAUCAACAUCGGAAUAUCUUCCACAUCAUCUGAGGGAGCACAACUAUGUAUUGCUCAAAAGUAAUCGAAACGAUUUUACUUGUGAAAUUACAUAUAGCAGUGAUGAAACUUUGGAAAUUAAGGAAGAAAUGAUCGAAAUUGAAUGUAGCAAUUAUGAAACCUUGGAAAUUAACGAAGAAACUAUCGAAGAUCAAGACACUACGGGUCAGAAACUUUCUAAAAACUAUGAUUCCAAAUUUUGUACUGUAUAUAUAAGAGAAAGUGAUGAUCUGGCGGUCAACAACAAACUGGUGACUCACAAAAAGAAGAAAAUCUACGAAUCAAAACAGAAACCGGAAGUUGAGCACAAAUGUAAAAAGUGUGCUCGCAGCUAUAAAUAUAAAAAGAAUUUGAAUCACCAUCUAAAAUUUGAAUGCGGCGUGAUGCGACAAUUUAGAUGUAAAUUUUGCGACAAAAGAUUUAAACAUAAAGGUCACGUGGAUAAACAUAUAGGUCAGGUGCAUGAUAAGAUAAAUAGAAAAACAUCGCCAUUGAAGCAUAAAUGCGACAAAUGUUAUAAAAGUUACGCUUGGUUAGUUUCUUUAGAUCGACAUCAACGUUCAGAACAUGCAACAUUCAGGCCACAAUUAACAUGCGAUUUUUGUGGACGUAAAGUGAAUCUAAAACAUAACUUGGCAAGACAUAUUAUUUCUUGCCAUUUGAAAUAAUUAUACCGUGCACGAAACAUUACACUUUAGGAAAUGUUUAGAAAUACUUCGAAAAAAUAAAUGUACUGUUCUUCGAUAUAAACUUAAAUUAUUUUUUUUAGAAUUAGUUAUUACUGGUUUUCUUCAUUUGAAAAAUUUUGGGUCAGAUAGGUUGUGAAAUGUUUAAUAGUUUCCUUCUGAUUUACUAGCAAGUGUUCUUACUAAAUCAAAAAAGAAUGUAUUCUGUUCUGAGUUAAUAAAGUAAGCAAUUCGUUGAGAC